UAAUUCCAAUCAAGGGCGUUUGGCAUAUUUUGCCGAACACCAUGAUGGACAACUAACAAUUUGGGCGUAAAGAGAUGAAAUACAAAACAUUGUGCAAAGCAGGGAGUCAUAAAUGCAGGGGGUGUGAUAAAAACGGUGGUUUGUGCUAAUUCAUUUACGUAGUGCAAAGCAGAAAGUUGGAGGAGGGACAAUAGACAAACAUGCGUCCAUAGGACUACAUACAGUACAUAAGUUUGUCGCUGUUUGACUCGCAGAACACGGCCGUCAGUCAGCGGAGUGCAAAUCAUCUAAAGUAGGCAUCCUGCUAUAAAUCAGGCAUCCGAGGCAUGGCUUCGGCUCGAAAAGGCGAGGAUGAGAUGGCGAAUAUGCAUCUGGCCGAGGAUCAGAUCCGUGUUCUGGAAGAAAAUUUCAGCAAAGUCACCAAGCAUCCGGAUAAGGCGACGCUGACGCUGAUCGCAGCCGAGUGCGGACUGUCGGAGGAGCGCACCGCCAGAUGGUUCCGACUCCGCAAUGUGCAGUGGCGGCGCUCCGAGGGUCUGCCCCCCGAGCCCGGGUUCGUCACAGACUGACUCCCUGCUGAACACGCCCCCCCCCUCGGCCGGCCACAGCUCCCGAUUACACCGUCUGACCGCAGUGGGUGAAACGAACGGACUUUCUGUCCUCUUUGUCCUUUAUAUUUUCUCUUUGCUCAGCUAAUCUGAAUAUGGAAAGUGGUCUAUAUUUAGUCUAUAUUUAGUUUUGCCAAUGUAACCAUUUUAACAGCGAACUGUAUGUUUGAUCCACGUUAUCAGUAUUGGGUGUGAAAAUGUGAUAUAAAAUGAAGGGACCAGAAGGAGAGAGAAACAAGCAGAUCGUACGCUGUGAACAUGGUAACUGAGUAUAAUUAAAGGAGGUUCCUCCUGAUCUUGGAGGUUUUAUGUGUGUGUGUGUGUGUGUGCCUGUGUGUGCAGGUUCUUAUCCUACUGAAGCACCUGAGCAUUCAAUGCAUUGAAUGUUUCACUGUGAUCUGGACUCAGUGUCUCUGUGCGGAGCUCGUUUGCUUUUGAAGUACAUCUGAAAGACACAGACCUUCACCGCCAGGUCCUGCUGCACUGACACUUAGGGAUUACAUGACCCCGCGGGGAUCAUAUGACUGCAUGGCCUUCUGUUAGGGUAUGUGCUGGCUUUGAAGAAGAAUAGAAGUCACACCCCAUCUUACUAAAUAUAACCUCGCACAGAAAGCUCCUCAGUCAGUACGCUGGAAUUUGAAACUUAUCUCUCUGAUACUGUAGGUCUCCUGUUUCUUUGUUUUCACUGAAGCCAUUUGUCAAACAUGUAUUAAAAGUAAUUAAAAUGAAA